AUGAAUUAUCCAGUUGCAUAUUUAAGCGGAUUGGUUACCCAACCUGCGGUAGAUGCGACUGAUAAUCAUGUUUUUCUAAACAAGGGUGUGAUUACCGACUCAGAUGGUAUGCUAUAUUGCAAUGGAAUGAACACUAAUGUGAAACUACCAUCACAGACGUUACUCGAAAUAAUUGAGGAGAAUCGUAAACCGAUUGGCCCAGCUAGAACUGGUUGCAUGAUUACUGGUUCGCCUGGUAUUGGAAAGACGUACUUUGGCUUAUUUAUUCUUUUCUAUAUUCGUUACAUGUAUCCUAAAGCUACAAUAGUUUGGAGGGGUGAAAAAGAUUGUUAUCAAUUCUCACCGGAAGGUAAUUUGCAAGAUGGGAAUAUCCGCCAAUUUAGCAAGACGCUGAGUAAUCAAAAAAACUUCUACAUCGCUGAUGCAUAUACUAUGACAUGGUAUUCAGCCUAUAAGAUCCUUCUCACAUCACCGGAACCAGAAAGAUACAAAGAGGCUAAGAAUAUUGAUGGUAAAGAGCUCACAUUUGAAUUAGUCGGGACCUUGCUGGAAAAGUGGGGCUCAAUACCUAGGUCAAUUCUUUUAAAGUGGGACGAUGAGACGUAUCAGCAGAAAUACUAUGAGCUGAUUGAUAAAGUUGAUUUGGAAAGUUGCAUGAACUCCAUCAAUACGGUAGGCAUGCGUUCAGAUACUAUUAGUGAUGGACUCGUGCAUCUCGAUGUGGAUUCAACAUUUACAAAAAAAGUGUAUCGUUUUGCUUCUCCGAUGAUAUCUAACAAAUUGAUCCAAGCAUACGAAAAUAAAACCAAGAGGAACGUUCGUGAUUUCAUCAUGAGCAGUUAUGAAUAUCCAAUGGCCUCUGGAUUUCGAGGUAACCUUUUCGAAGAUUUUGCCCAUUUUGAGUUGCAAAGGAGCGGUAUGUUUAGGAUACGGUGUCUGAAUAAUGAUAAUAACUUAGAGGAGAUCGAGAAACAUAUCAAGAACCUGGAGUGUAACUGGUUUAUGACAAUGAAGGAAGCACCCUUGAUAACAACGUUUCUUAUAUCAAAUGACCGUCUCGACAAAGUACAGCAUGAAGGACUCAAUAAUCUUAAACGUUUUCUCGGAUGGGGAAACGACAUGAAUAUUAUUCACCUAUAUUUCGUUUUGCCGCCAAACAUCUUUGAAGAAUUUCCUUUUCAAAGUUAUAAGACCGUCAAAGGACAGGAUAGUCAAAAAAUUCCGAGAUGGAUCAAUAAUAUAUCUCAAUAUGCAUUGGAAAUUAAUAUUGAUUCGGAACAGCGUAAUUUGAAACGCCAUUAUACAGAUUCCGAUAAUGAUGCGAUGUUGAGAGAUGGUGGAAGUAGGGAAUGCUUCACCAUGGCUUAUUUUAAUGAAUCAUUUAUGUUGGCUAAAAAUAAAAAUUUCGUAUCGUUUUGUGAUGAAAUCAUGGAUCAGCACGAAAAAAAAAUCCAGGAUCUUGCUCUUCAUUACGCAAUGUGUAUUAAUGAUGUUUUUUCCAAUAAUUACGCCGGGAGCUAUCUUGCGUGA